AUGGAGUCUCGUGUCGUUGUCGUCCCAGUCCCGACAACUGUCGUGGUCACACAUUAUGUUCCAUCCAACACCACAAAGGAUGCUGAUAGCGCCGCCUUACCGACCGACUCAACGGCACCUGCUGGAGACGUGCCACCUCCUCAAGAGGCUCCCGUAGCAGAUGGAGACGCUCCGCAGUUUGCGUCCUUCAUCCCUCCUACAAGUCAACAAAUCAGCCCUGUCCCUACGACCGCACCUGGACAAGAACCCCCUAAGGAGGCUCCUGUAGAUGAUGGUAAUGCUCAGUUUGGAACCUUUCUCCCUACUACGAGUCAAGAGGCCAACCCGGUUCCUACUACUGUGCCCGUACAAGAGCCUCCCGCUGAAGUUCCUGCAAACGAUGGAGAUGCUCCGCAAUUUGCAUCUUUCAUCCCUCCUACGAGUGAGGAGGCCGCUCCUGUUCCUACGGCCGCGCCCGGACAGGAGCCUCCUGCCGGAGUUCCCGCGGUAGAUGGAGAUGCCCCUCAGUUUGCAUCUUUCAUUCCUCCUACAAGUCAAGAGGUCAACCCGGCUCCCACGACUGUACCUGGACAAGAGCCCGAACCUGCACCACCUGCGCCACCUGCUCCUUUACCCGAGACGACAAGCUCUGUCUAUCCGGUUCCUCAAACCACGUCUCAGGAACUGUCCCCAGAAACAACAACCUCUAUUGAGCAAGUUACAGCGUCAACAUCGCAGGCACCUCAGGAGACUACAGAGUCAACUCGCCCGAUUGAUGUACCUGCUCCUGCUCCGACGGAUGCUGAGAAUCCUGUUCAAUCUUCUCCCCAGCCUACCGCAGAGGAGACGCCACUCAAUGGGCCUGACAUUGUGACAACAGCUGCUCCAAACCCUUCCCAAUCAUCUACUCAACCAACUACACAAGGUGGACCUGGAAACACCCCGGAGAAUGCUCGUCUGAUCAUCGAGACAGAGUCAUCCUCGUCACUGUCUGUAACACCAACUUCCGAGGUUCUUCAGUUUGACACUGCGCCAUUCACUUAUACUGGCCCCCCCACUCGAUCGACAACUCUCCAAACCCGACGAGGAACCAGCACUGAUGCGUCUGUUGCUGACUCCACCCAGACAUCUGAUAGCUUCGACAACGAUGGCAGUGAGACGGGCGUUGCUGGCUCUGGACCCUUAUACACCACUGCAACCCUGGCUGAUGGUGUUGUCACAACAAUCGAUCUCAGUGCAACUGCCGGAAGUGACCACUCGGAAACCGAAAGUCCCGAUGCCUCUGUGAAAGACAAGUCUGAUGAAUCAAAGGUACCACCAAUGGUCGUGGGAAGUGUGCUUGGUUCAAUUCUGGGAAUAUCUAUGCUGGCGCUUGUUAUCUUCUGGCUUGUAAGAAGACGCAAAUUGCAGCGCCGCCACAGAAGCACACUCCUCACUCCCCUUGGGGCUCGUCCAGGGGCACCACCUGGUGGUAACUUGAUGAAGUAUGAGAUCGACAACCAAUCCUUGGGCCCAACACCCCGAUCUACCAAAGUCGCAGCUUCCAUGAGCGCCAAUGCCAAGAAGUUUAGUCAACGAAUUCGACAAUCUAUGAGCGAUGCUUCUCAUCUCGGCAUAAGCCGAGGGAACUCCCAAUUCGGUCAAGAAAGUCAAGCUAUGGCUGCAGCACGCGCUCAUAGCAGAGCAAGUUCAACUCCUGGACAACAACCACAAGGCGGAUGGUGGUCGGAGAUCCUUGGAGAGUCGAGUAUCAAUGAUCCUCCAGUAGUGGCUCCUCCUAUGCAGCAACAGGGUUAUGACGGAAGACGAACCCCAAGCCCUAAUCCAUUCUCGGAUGCCAACUCCUAUGCCGCUGCUCCCCCGGCCCCUCUCCGCGAAUACUCCCACAGUAUUCCGCCUCAUGGCUCAAUGGUCCCGCCUCCGUUGCACUCUGCUCGGGGGGACGACCCUUUCGCUGAUGGAGACUCGAUUAUGUCACCAGAGCUUGCGCGGCAGUCGCCAACGAUCCAUGGAGGGUCUGAACAGCGAGGCCCAAGUAUGUCGAGGAAUCUUACGCCUCAAUCAACAGGCGACAACACGAAUCUUAAGCCUCAGGAGGUUUGGCGCGGCAAGGUCCACUCGAACCCAUUUGAUUUGGAGCUUGAUGCUCGAGUUGUCCCUAGCAUGUACGGCAACAUUCAGCAAGUGCCCCGGCACACUGUCGCUAGCUCCUUUUAUAGCACUGCCAACGCUACCAACAACCAUGACAACCGCCAAUACGCGACCAGGCAAUCUCGUGCUGACAGCUUCACUUCAAAAUAUACCAGUGGAGUGAGUUCGGUCAACGAGUGGCCUCCCGUGCCACCUCGGGUUCCUAGCAUCUAUAGCCGGUAUGGAAACGAUGGGACCGAUUUCCCCGUUCCUGCCCAGGACUUCAGAUACAACAACGAUGAGGCCUGGAGACACGGAAACGGCAAUAUGAUGUGA